AUGGUUUUCCAUUCUUUUCUAAAAUCUCGUCACCUUUCCCCGUCUCUUCAUUUCUUUUGGCCCUUUUAUCUAUCCAUUUCCCUGUCACUCCAGCUUUUUACGUUGUAUUUUCAGAUGAUCUUUCUCUCUUUCUGUUGGCCUUCCUUUCCCAGCUUUUAUUUCUCUCUCUUCCUCUCUCGCUCUCUUUCUCUGUCCCUCUAUUUCUUUCAAAAUCUAAACAAGCAGACGAUCUUUGUAAUCAGUGGUUCUGUUGUUUUUUUUUCUCUCUCUCUCUCUCUCUUUCAGUGUCUUUCUUUACCUCAUCAUUUUGUUUUCAUCCAAUUACACUCGAUCUUCCAAUGUGGCUUCUUUCUCGUGCUUUUUGGCUGGCCGCCAUCUUGGCAGAUCACAAGAAGACCAGCAACGAAUUCUAAGCGCGAUGCUGGCAAACGAUUUUCUCCGAUUGGCCAGCUUUUCUGA